GCGUGCGUGCACGCAAUGCAAGUAUUUUCGUACGUGUGCGUUCCACCGGCGCGGCGCCAUGGCGUUCGUCCUCAACAUCCAUCACCACCCUGCUCUGGUCAAACCGCACGCGCUCUACUUAUAUUCUCCCAACGACGCCACCACCAGCUCCAUCUCCAUCACCUGCCUCCACCAACUAUGACCGCGUACCGCUCUCUGCUGCUUGCCCUGUUCCUCGCGCUCGCCUCCUCGCGCGCCGGCAGCUCGUCGGCGUCGGCGGCAGCCCCGUAUGGCAUCGAGUUCCCGCAGUUCAACGCCGCCGUCGCCGACGCCGGCUGCGACGGCAAGCUGGUCGCCGAGGAGGAGGAGCUCGCGCGCCGGGUCCCGUCGCUCAAGCUCCACAUGACCCACCGGUCCGCCGCCGCGGGCGAGACCGGGAAGGGCUCCUUCUUCCUCGACUCGGCCGAGAAAGACGCCGUCCGCAUCGAUACGAUGCACAGGAGGGCUGCCCUGUCCGGCUCUGCCGCGGCCCGGCGGGAUUCGGCGCCAAGAAGGGCGCUUUCGGAGCGGGUGGUGGCCACGGUGGAGUCCGGCGUGCCGGUCGGCUCGGGGGAGUACCUGGUGGACGUGUACCUGGGCACGCCGCCACGACGGUUCCGGAUGAUCAUGGACACCGGCAGCGACCUCAACUGGCUGCAGUGCGCGCCCUGCCUCGACUGCUUCGAGCAGAGCGGGCCAAUCUUCGACCCGGCGGCAUCCAUCUCCUACCGCAACGUCACCUGCGGCGACGAGCGCUGCCGCCUCGUCUCCCCGCCGGCCGAGUCGGCACCCAGGGAGUGCCGCAGGCCGCGGAGCGACCCCUGCCCCUACUACUACUGGUACGGCGACCAGUCCAACACCACCGGCGACCUCGCCCUCGAGGCCUUCACCGUCAACCUCACGAGCGCCGCCGGGACCCGGCGCGUGGACGGCGUGGCGUUCGGGUGCGGCCACCGGAACCGCGGCCUGUUCCACGGCGCCGCGGGGCUGCUCGGACUCGGCCGCGGCCCGCUCUCGUUCGCGUCCCAGCUGCGCGGUGUCUACGGGGGGCACGCCUUCUCCUACUGCCUCGUGGAGCACGGCAGCGCGGCCGGGAGCAAGAUCAUCUUCGGCCACGACGACGCGCUGCUCGCGCACCCGCAGCUAAACUACACGGCCUUCGCGCCCGCCACGGACGCGGACACCUUCUACUACCUCCAGCUCAAGUCCGUCCUCGUCGGCGGGGAGGCGGUGAACAUCCCGUCCGACACGCUGUCCGCCGGCGGCACCAUCAUCGACUCCGGCACGACGCUGAGCUACUUCCCGGAGCCGGCGUACCAGGCGAUCCGGCAGGCCUUCAUCGACCGCAUGAGCCCAUCCUACCCGCUCAUCCCCGGCUUCCCGGUGCUGAGCCCGUGCUACAACGUGUCCGGGGCCGAGAAGGUGGAGGUGCCGGAGCUGUCGCUGGUGUUCGCGGACGGCGCGGCGUGGGACUUCCCGGCGGAGAACUACUUCAUCCGGCUGGAGCCGGAAGGCAUCAUGUGCCUGGCCGUCCUGGGCACGCCGCGGUCCGGCAUGUCCAUCAUCGGCAACUACCAGCAGCAGAACUUCCACGUCCUCUACGACCUGGAGCACAACCGGCUCGGCUUCGCGCCGCGCCGCUGCGCCGACGUCUAGGCCCAACCCAACUCCGUCCAUCCAUUAUUCCAUUUUGACUGGUUGAUUGAUUCGAUUGAUUGGUCGGUCCAUUGUGCGCCACGUAGUAAACGUAGGUAGGUAGGUGGAUGUGCUAACUGCAUUGGAAGAACAGACAAAGUGGCCAACAUACGUAGAAAUUUGGGUGUAGAAAUUUUGGCACCAGGUUUUCGUAUCCUACGAAACAACAUACGUACUACAGAUGGCUGCUAACACUUUUUUUUUUUUGCAAGAACUUUUGGGUUUUGUGUUCAUAUGUACAACAGAUGGGAUUACUAGCUAGCUAGGACUGUUCAGAGUAGAUUACUGAUGUGGUGUGUGGAAUUAGUUUGAUCUCAUUUUUGUCAUAGUUCUCAUUGCCUUAGAAAUGGACAGAGAUGUAAAUAAUGGUAUUGAAAUUAUACAUCAUGUGUUGCAAAA